ACUAACCUGUGCCUAGUCCUCCGGAAAAAGAAGAGGAAGAAGAAGAGUGAGAGCGAGCUGAGUGAACAGUUGUUGAAGUUUAGCUGGACUUGUUUUGUUUUGGUUAGCCACCGACGUUUUGUUAACAAUGCGACUGUUAAUUAACACUUUCGUGGUUAUCAGACAUUAGUAUCUAAUGUUUUUGGCAAUGGUGUCAAUGAAGUUCAACGUUGGACAAGAAAAUGUGGUGACAGCGGCCACCGUUGCAGAGGCCAAGCUGGUAUGCCAGGGAGUAAAUAACCAGAGCUACAUAUGUGAGUCGGGUCACUGCUGUGGAGAGACACAGUGCUGCAGCUACUACUAUGAACUAUGGUGGUUCUGGUUGGUGUGGGCUCUGAUUAUUAUCCUGACAUGCUGCUGUGUAUGUCAGCACUGGCGCUCCAAGCAGCGCUUCCAGCAGCAGCGCCGGCAGAACGAGAUUAACCUCAUCGCGUACAGAGAGGCUCACAACAACUCUCACCUACCCCUCUAUCUCAGAUUCUUGCCCACCUACCUGCUGCCAGCCUAUGAAGAGGUAGUUGACAGGCCAGUCACGCCUCCACCUCCCUACACCCCUCUGCAGUCAGCACCUCCACCCACAGACCCUCCUGGGGAGCCUCCUGGCCCCCACUCGGCAAUCUCCAUCUCUAGUGAUGCUGAUGCAGUGCUCCCUGCUACUCCGGAGGUCACGCACAGCCAACUUCAAAGUGCUUCCAACCCCAACAAAGACUCGACACCGGGCAGGUACAGGCGCUUCACAGGGGAUUCUGGGAUUGAAGUGUGUGAUGGCCAGGAACUGUGGGACCAGCACAGCUUUUUGGAAAGAGAAGAAGAGACAGAGGAAGAGGGGGUAGAGCAAAUGGAAGACCCAUGUGAUCGCUUUGAACACAGCCAUAUUAGUGGUGCAGUCAUUGAUGGACACACAGCUGUGGAUACAGAGCCACAGUCUCUGAGGUAAUCCACAAUAACAAACUCUGCGUCACUGAUUCAAUAUUCUACCUUUGGUGCUCAGGCCUUUGCUCUGUUGUACAUGUAUAAGUUUGACUUUCACAAGUGUGUGUGACAGGCCUGGAGACUAAUUAUAGGUAUGACUUAAUAUUUUAACAAAUUUAAAGCUACAUUAUGCAACUUCUGGUUUGAAGCAGAAAGAUGUGUGUUCAGCCAAGCUCCACUCUUUAUUUUCAAGUUGAAGUUUUGACAGUUGCUCAUGUCUGCUUUUACAUGUUCUCCUGCCACGAGGCAGCACUGAUAUUCAUGUUUACUCCCACAGUUCUUUAAGCUUUGUUCAAUGGUUCUGAGUCCCAGAGCUCCGUGCAACUAAAGGGGCUGUUGCUCUGUCACUGACUGUAGCAUUAGACUAGUUCAUGUAUAUCGGUACCCUUUUAUACUAUGCUAGUUGAAGCUUGACCAACACUGACUUUUUGCAGAUAUUGACAGUUGAAAGUUAUUUAUUUUUUUCAAUAACUAUAUAACAAAAUAGAUGAGUUUUUCACAUGAAUACCUAACAUAAAACAUUUCCCUUAAAUGUAGUUCUGAAAGAAUUGUGUACCAACUACAACUUGUAUAAAAACAAAAAGUAAAGUAAUACGCUGAUACUGUUAAUCAGUGAUGAGCUGAAGUCAGCCUGCUGCCUACUGCUCUCUCCUACAUAUCUCAUAUAUCAAUAAGCAGGGCUACUUUAGCAUCCAUGUGAUCAAGUAACUCAAGUGUCAGGUAUUUUUGCCGGAUAAGCCAAAAACAGACAAAGACUGUAUCAUGAUCUACAGUGUAUUGCACAAGUGGGUUGUGCAAUACAUGUAAUAGCUGUGGUGCAGUGCUGGUUGUUUAAGCUUGGUGUGACUGCACAGGUUCAUCUUAACAGAGGAACGCCACGUACCAACAUGUAAUGCUGUCCACCAGGUUUCAACUUCACUGACAAACCUAGAAAACAACCCUGGUGUCUUCAGUAUGUGAAAUAAUAAAUAACCUCUUUCAUAGACGUAUUUUGAAUCCAUAAUAACAACACUUGUUUACAUAAACCAUCAUAAUGCCACACAUGACAGCAUUCAGGUUCACAGCACCAUGUGACAUGUUGAAACUGUAAUGACAGAGACACAGCCCCAAAGUAUCCAUGUUUGAUCGCUCAUAAGAUGGAAAUUGUAGCUUUUAAAGACAAUUAUCAUGAAUGGAGUUUUUGCAAAAAUACAUUUGAUUCUUUCUUAUUGAUGCUGACAUGUCUGCUCUGAUCAAGUCAGCCAGUGAGACUUCCAAAAAGCAUUGAGUGAGCAGGUGUUAAUGCACUAAAUGUUGCAGGACUGGGUAUGAUCUCCUUUCAACUUUGUUCUCUGUGAAUGACAAACUAGUAUCAUAACCAGUGAGCUACCAUCUGAGCAAUAAAGCAGAAGCAGAUUCCAGUUUGAUUCAACACUGUUGCAAAUGAA